AUGUCCACUCCCGGUCGUUCGUUCGGCCACGGUCUUUCAGUACUCCUCCCGCCGCUCCCGCCUGCGCCACCGCAGCUGCUCCGCAAGAGCUUCGCAGUCAGUCAUGAUGAGCGAGAAUGGGAGCGGGCGGGGCGCGCGGCGGCCGUGGGUGGGCGGCGGUGUGCGCAGCGGGGCCGCGGGGCGGCUGCAGCGAGCGCCUCCCGGGCAGGCCGCGCUCCCGGCGGCAGGAGGCGGCGCCGCGGCCUCCGAGCGGGUGACAGAGUCGGGGCCGGGCGGGGGCAGCCCGAGGGCGGCGCUGGCCAACCGCGUCGCUGGCUUCCGCGCACGCAGCCUGGCGCGGCGACACGCGCACACCCGCGGCCGAAUCGGGGGAGGGAGCGGAGCCCGCGGAGCGCGGGAUCCCCCGCGCGCUGCAAGUCGCCUGGGAAGGUCGGGGCGCGCGGUGGGACGCAGGAGGCUCGGAAAGCGCUGUGCCGGGGCUCUCUCGGAAAUGCGGAUAUUGUCUUUCCCCUCCUGGAAAUCGGGUUAGGGUUUGUGGCGGUCAAUUGUAAGAAUAAAGAAGCCUUGAGACCGGCUGGGAGUGGACUUCUUUCCUACACGCGUGAUCCUGGGGAGUCUUCCAGAGUCAGUGACCAGCUUGACACCGUUUGAUUGAUGACCACUUGGAGAAAAUUUGCCCCUUUUGAGAUGAAAAGGAUCUCUGAUGCGUGGACAAAACCAGAAACUCCGAAGGGAGUUAAUAAAUAACAAGAAAAGUCUGUGUAGAAACCUCAUUUAUAAAUUCUAUUGGACACUUCAGAAGGUAUUGUUCUUUAGGAUGACUGCUGUCCCAUGAAAGCUGCCUGUGGAUACCUGGGGAGAACAGCAGCAAUUCAUGUAAAGCGAGGCUGGAACAGAAAUUGGUUCCAGACGUGAAUGGAUAAAGCAUGGGAUGGACUGAGCUGCAGUUCUGGGCCCAGAGAGCAUCAAAACUGCAAUCUUAAUGUGAAAGCACAUUAAUUGGAAUAAUCAGCCAGAUAAUAAUGAAUAGUAGACAAGAAAAAAUAGUUUUCAUGAGCAUAGCAGUGGUAACUAUUACUUAGUAAAUUCUCUCUCUCUCUCUCGCUCUCUCUCUCUCUCGUGUGUGUGUGUGUGUGUGUGUGUGUGUGUGUGUGUGUGUGUAUGUGCGUGCGUGAAGAGACAGGGAGAGGGGGGUCUCGGGGAGGGGAAAGGAGGGAAGCUGAGAGGUAGGAAAAGAGAUUAACACAACAGCAGGGUCUAUUCAUAAAGAAAGCUAGACAGAAACUGAACUCAGAUAUGCACAUUAAACACCAUGUGGGUUGUCUUUGCUGUCCUAGCCAUCAACACCCAGGAUUCACCCUGUCAGGCAGGCUGGGGAACAAAACUUCCCUUGCACCUGGGCUCCCACCUGCCACUAUUACACAGGAUUCUAAGCAUGCCAGAAGAAGAGGCUAGGAAGUAGAAGACACUGUGGGUGUCUCCAACCCAGCAAAGAGUUGAUCUUGAGUUUGCAGGAGAGGGUACCAGUUUAGGGAGCUGAAAUAGUUAAGGUGGGAAAGCUAAAAACACUACUAUCAUUUGAGUGCAAGUCUCUGAAUUGUUUUCAGAUAUUAUUUGUUGUAUUUGAAGAAUCCAUACAAACAGAUUCAUCACUAGAAACUGCUUGUGUUAUUUCUUUAUAUUUGUUUCUGAUUUUCAGUUUUGCUGAUGAGGUAUUUGAGAAACUAACUUCAGGAUUCUUUGCCUCCUCCUGAUGUAAUUACCGUGUUUGAAUAAUGUAUUUUGUCCAAUAAUGUAUUUGAAUAAUGUAUAGUGUCUAAACACUAUAUUUUUAAAUCUAUUAGAUUAAUGAGUUAAUUUGUUAAUAUUAUCUAUGAGUCAUAUCCAACAAAGUGGACUUUGAGUUUUCUUCUCUGUGUUGUCCUAGCACUUAUGUGAUAAUACACAUUUCAUGCAAACAGAUAGUCUUGAUACAUCAUAAAGCAUCAGCUAAAUCAUUCCUAAGAAAAGUAUCUUGCUAAAAGUUGAAACUAAAAAUAAACAUAUGAAUAGAUAUAUUUAACACAGUAGCAACAGUAAAACUUCAAUGAGAAUGCAUUUAUUUUGCUUAAAUGUAUGACAGGAAAACAGCACUAAUAAAAUAGUCUAAGCCACCUGAAACCAAUACUAUGGAAAGCUGAAAACUGGUUUUACCAUCUGUCAGUUUCUAUACUGGCAGCUUCACAAAUAAGAUUUCUUUUGAACAAAACAUCACAGCAGGAGGUACAGACAUGUGAAUUGUAAUUAAAAUGUGAAAAUGCAUUUCCCAGUUUUUGUCAUUUAAAGAAAAUAUAUUGUUAAACCUAGAUUUAUAAAAUUAUAUGAAAUAUAACCAUUUUAAUUUUCCUAAUCUAUGCACUAUUUCAUCAGAAUUUUGGUGUUCAUAAUGAAUGCAUUUGCCUUUACAACAUGUGUUUUUCUUAGGUCUGUUUCACUCUUUAAUGAGGGUCAAUUAUUUUCUAAUCUUUCAAGUACAGAAGAUGAAGAAAGGAAAUUUUCAUAUUUUAUAUAGUCAAUGUGUUCUGCUGAGGAUAAAUGUUAUUUCUUUACAUUUAUUUAAUGGUAUUUUAUAUAAAUAAAGAUAAUAAUUCCCUGAAAAAUAUAAAGCCAAAUAAGAUCUUUAAUUCUGUAACAAAAACUUUGCCUCCCUUUUAUAUUUUAAAGGACAAGAAUAUUCUAGUUCUUAGCUUUUCCAUAUCCAACAAAACGAAUGGACAGAACAUGACAUGUAAC